UCCAUCGCUAGCCUGGGUCUCUCUCUCUCUCUCUCUCUCUGUGGAUUUGGGAGGGCGAGACGCACGUGAGGAGGGCGUGACUGGGAUCGGGUGGUGGCCGCUGGGGAAGGGCGCUGGCGGCGGCGAUGACGAGGCGGUGCUCGCACUGCAGCAACAACGGGCACAACUCGCGCACAUGCCCGACGCGUGCGGGGGGAGUGAGGCUGUUCGGAGUGCGGCUCACCGAGGGGGCGGGGUCCAUGAAGAAGAGCGCCAGCAUGAGCAGCCUCUACUCCGCCAGCUCCUCCGCCACCGGCGGUGGAGCCGGUGGCGGAGGCUCCACCAACCCGGGAUCUCCGUCCAGCGAUCCGCUCCGCGAUAACCCUGCCGCGGCCGGCUACGCCUCCGACAACGCCGCCCAGGCCUCCUGCUCCAAUUGCCGCAACGAGCGCAAGAAAGGUGUCCCAUGGACUGAAGAAGAGCAUCGGAUGUUCUUACUGGGUUUGCAGAAGCUGGGUAAAGGUGACUGGCGUGGAAUAGCUCGAAAUUUUGUUGUGUCUCGAACUCCAACACAGGUGGCCAGUCAUGCCCAAAAAUACUUCAUACGUCAGACAAAUGCAUCUAGAAGGAAGAGACGCUCAAGCUUGUUUGACAUGGUCCCUGAUAUGCCAACAGACCAGAUCCCAGUUCUCGAAGAACACUUAAUGCACGGGUCUCCUCCUAAUGAACCCGAGAAUACAAACCAGCUGCCAGCUUUAAAUCACGGUCCAGAUCAAGGAUCUGAGCUUGCUGAACCCUUACUAAACAACCCUCCUGAGGAGCUCAAUGAAAGCAUACCAUACAACAAUACACCAAUGCCAGCGGUCCCAGCAUUCUACCCGGCAUUCAUUCAUCUUCCAUAUGCAUUCUGGCCACCAAAUCUGGCUGCGCCUGCAACAGAAGAAGAGAUGGGUGAGACCCAUGAGAUCGUAAAGCCUAGGCCAGUCAUUCCUAAGGAGCCGGUCAACAUGGAUGAGAUCACUGGCAUGUCAAAGCUCAGCAUCGGCGAGCAUGGUGCCGGCCGCAUGGAACCAUCUGCUCUCUCUCUCAAACUGCUAGAAGCCUCCACUUCAAGGCAGUCAGCCUUUCACCUGAAUCCAUCAAGCACUCGGCCUGAUCUUAGCCAGGGUAGCAGCAAUGCAAUUCAUGCGGUUUAGGAAGAAUUUGAUGAGGAAUGGGAUCUAUUUGCGUUAUAUAUAUUCUUUCUCUUAUGUUACUGUUAAUUUAAUCUUCUCAUACAUUCAGGAUCAUCUCAUUCGUGUAACAAGCGUCAGUCAUAUCUGUACUCUUAUGUUUUUGCUUAUAGCUGGGUAGAAAUUCGCAUCAAAUAAGUGACAUCCUUUACUGUUAUUAGCACGGCGCCAAAUGUUGUGAUGUAAAUUGCCGUUCUUUUCGGGGUUUUUU